UGCUUUCUAUAAUAUAUUCUACUUUUCUUUAAUUUAAAAUGUGUAUCUAAGCCGAGCUAAAAAAUUAGAAAGGAAUUCCAUUUUACAAACUUUUCAUGCCUAAAAUCAGAAUUUGUAACCUACAUUCUAUUGACAGUGACUUUGGGAUUGGGUCCGUUAAUUACCCAGUGUACGUCCGUUCUGGCUGAUAUUGAAAGAACUGGACAGAAGAGGGAAAAAUACCGCUUUGUAACGGAUUCCUCUGAUCCCAACUCAACCCGAGUGGACACAAUGUGGGUCAACCAGAAGGAUUACAAUUAUAUUAACGUGGAAUUUUCUGCUGUCUAUACAGCUCCUGGCGACCUGGAACUUCCAAAAUAUGUCAAACGAUUUCAGUUUGGAAUCGUUUCCGGAAAAAUACAAAUCGACUUAAGGAAAGUGGAUAGAACAGAUCCAAACCAUCCCUUUGUGAGCCAAAAUGAGAUGAAAAACUGCAGUUACCAACCAGGGUCUCUAAACCCAAACAGCGACAUUUACCACUGCAACUUCACAGAAGAAAAUUUCGACAGAGUUCUAGAAAAUGGAGACAAGUAAAAGCCGAAGACUUUUCUGAUCGAAAUUUGUCCGUUUUCUGUCGUCGUCGUCGUUAACUUUUCAAUGUAACAGGAUUUGGUUUUACCCACUUUCUUAGAUACCAUUCAUGGCACCAAUUAAUGUAACCGAAUUUCGUUACACGGUACCAAUGCAAUUAGAAAAUUAAACGAUACCAGCGUAACGAAAAUGAUUUUAUGAAAACACCUCUUCUAUUAUAAAUUGCAAAAUUAACUCCUUAAAUGACACACGUUUUCUUGAUCAAUAAUAGUACGUUUUAUUCCAAGUUCUUAUUAUGGCAACAGUUAUAUUUUAUUAACAUCACAAAAUAUU